CCCGGAGCGUCAACAUGGCCGCCGGUUAUUUCUCUUUACUGUAUAAACAAAGAAUUAGUGAAGCCCUUCAUUUGUGUGCCGUUCCUUCCGUUUUUUGUUCAGUCCUUAUCGGCCCUUUCCUCAGUUUACUCGAGAUAAAGACCCUUUAUACGUGAAGUAAGAAUUGUUUGCCUUGUGGGCUCAGUAUCAAAUCUCGUGGAAGGUUACCUUACAGUUCCAGUAUGACCCACCAGCAGGCUUCGGGUUGCAAACGCAUGAGCAACGUGAUUAUUUCUGGGAUCUCGGGGACGUUAACCUGAGAACAACAAUACCCACAGCUUUGUGGCCAGGCAAAAGUGAAAGAAAGUUGAAAUAAUGGUGGGGGAGCACUCACAGUUAGAACAGGACUCCAGUGCUUCAGUUCCGUUCAGGCCGUAAUAGCGCUUUACGACCUGAAAUGUUGAGUAGUUCAAGGUCUGGUAAUACUUGGUGCAUCCAGCCUUGCUGCCUGGCCUGCCUGUCGCCUUCUGAGCUGCUGCGAGUGCGAGGACAGCAUGGCGGAUCCCGAGCCUGAGGGGCUGCCCCUGAGCCAGGAGUCCUUCCAGGAGCUCUGGAACAUGGUGGCUGUGCCUCCUGAAAAUGCUCAGUGGCCAGACCUGCAGAGCAUGCUGUAUACCAAUGAAUUGGUUCCCAACGCCAUCGACAGCCUGUACGAGGAACUGGAGCCUCACGUCUCCAUGCCCCCCCAGCCCAUGGUCUCGAACCCGGAUGGCUUGGCGCCCUCUUCCUCCACUGUGCCAUCCACGUCCGACUACCCCGGAGAGCUGGGGUUCCAGCUGCGCUUCCAGCAGUCUGGCACUGCCAAGUCGGUCACCUGCACUUACUCCCCAGAUCUGAACAAGCUGUACUGCCAGCUGGCUAAGACCUGCCCUGUCCAGAUCUUUGUGUCUAACCCACCACCCAUGGGUGCCCUGAUCCGAGCCAUGGCUGUCUACAAGAAGUCGGAGCACGUAGCCGACGUGGUCCGCCGCUGCCCGCAUCACGAGAGGGCCCCCGAAAACAACGAAGGUCCUGCACCCCCAGGGCACCUGAUCCGCGUGGAGGGUAGCCAGAUGGCACAGUACAUGGAAGACGGUAACACCCGCCGGCAGAGUGUGCUGGUGCCCUACGAGUCUCCUCAGCUGGGGUCAGAGUGCACCACUGUGCUCUACAACUUCAUGUGCAACAGCAGCUGUAUGGGUGGCAUGAACCGGCGCCCCAUCCUCACUAUCAUCACCUUGGAGACCAAGGAGGGUCAGCUCCUGGGGCGCCGGUGUUUUGAGGUACGCGUGUGCGCCUGCCCCGGCCGAGACCGCAAGACGGAGGAGGAGAACUUCCACAAGCAGCAGGAGAAAGGGAGCAGCAAGUCGACGGGGAGUAACAAGCGCAAUAUUAAAGAAGUGAACCAGUCCACUCCCCCGUCUGACAACAACAAGAAGACCAAGUCCAGUUCGAGCGCUGAGGAGGAGAUAUUCACCCUGCAGGUCCGGGGCCGGGAGCGAUUCGAGAUGCUGAAGAAGAUCAACGAGAGCCUGGAGCUGAAGGAUCUGGUCCCAGUGGCGGACCUGGAGAAAUACCGCCAGAAGCUGCACACCAGGAGCAGCAGCCGGAGGGAGAAGGACAAGGAAAAAGAGCCCAAGAAAGGGAAGAAGCUGUUGGUGAAGGAGGAGAAGACUGACUCCGACUGAGGCCUGAAGAGUGCCAAAAAAUGCCCCCUGUUUGAAAUCUGCAGCCCAUGUUUACAGGCCGUUAGCGCUGCAUGUAACCUAAACUAAUGAUCAGGAUCAUGUGGAGUUGAUCUUGUUUUGUCAUCAGAGUAUUUUUGUCAAUGGGGUUGUCUAGACCUGUUACUACAGCUGGAUGCUGACUCAGCCAGGGGGCAUUUUUUUAUUGACGCCCCUUCCUUGUUUUAGCAAGAAAGGGAUAAAGGUUUCAGAACCGGUUGUAUGACAGAAAUCUUCUUUUAGCUGGAAUGUUUUUUUUACUAUAUAGACUAUUUUUUAUGCCAUUUUUUUUUACACAACAGUGCUCUGACUAUAGUGGCCGUGAUGGCAAAUUUGUAUUAGUUACUUUCAUACUGCAAUAAUACUUGGAACGCCACAAGUAUGAGUAAAGUGGCUUCGGUUUUGUUCUUCUCAAUGUGCUGUUCCUUCUCUAGCAGCCAGCUGUCACUGCCCUAUCGAAUAAACCAAGAUGGACCAUGGGCUGCUUGUGUGCUACGGUUAGUUGCAGUUCAGUCCUUGUCCAGCUGGUAUUUGGUGGACGAGCUGGAUUACUUUGGUAUUGACAAUUAUUCUUGGUGAAGAAGAAACUGGCAGGUGGUGUGACAUUGAAUCAUGAAAGUGAUGAUGUUACUUCCUGCUCCCUGUUUUUCACCACUUCCAGCAUAUAAUCUUGUAAGCUGAGGAUGACAAGAACUACAAAUAAAAAGUCUGGAGUGUU